GAUUAUCGAUCAGCUGUUCAAAGCUACUCGUGCAGCAGCAGCUUGAAAACACACACACCCACAUACCUUCCACACACCCCCACCCUCUUAUUAUUUUAAUCUUCACGCCACAGGUAGAAAUAAAUACGCGGGGAUUCCAAUCUAAAAAUCACUCGGUACGGGUCACACAUAAGGAAGAGGAACACAUCACACUCCCCUGCACUCCACCAGAUUUUUUUGUUUAAAAAUGGCUCAGCUUUAUCAGUACGUCUUCCUGGCGCUAUUCAUCGCCGAUUUCAUCUGCCUGACAAUAGCAAGUUAUCCCCCAUCUUGGAGGCGAAACGACGGCAUCAUCCCCAUGUCCGCCCACCACCACCAUCACCAACAGCACGAAGAGAUCCCCGCCGAAAACAACUCAACAAGAACCGCCACCAUCGACGCCGAGGAUGGUACGGAAGACCCCGAGCUGACCAGUGAAGAUAACCAGACUCCUCCGCCGGAAUUCUCCACCUGCCCACCGUGCUGGAUGCAGGAACAGCAGAAACAGUUCCGCAUUGAAAGUAUAAAGAAGCGCAUACUGGAAAAAUUACAGCUGACCCGCGUACCAAACAUCACAGGACCUCCACCAAAGAACCCGGCGAUUAAUAACCUGCUAAAUAAUUACCCGCAGUUCCAGAACAACCCUUCCUUCCAGUCAGACUCACCACAGGCCGAGUACCACGACCCCGCCCCAGCACAGCUAGAAAGGAUACUAAUAUUUGCAAAAAGACCACUCCAGACCCAAGGAAUUGCAUCGCAGCCCUGCUGCUACUUCAACGUCGCCGAGAAAAUAGUCGGGUACCACGUUUCGAGUGCCAAGCUUUACUUCUACGUCGCCCCUGCCAAAGUCAUCCAGAACACGCUCCACCUAAUGACUAUCAAGAUGAUCACAGCCAGACCGCACCCGGAAGGACACACCAAGCUCCGACUCGUGGCCAAAAUCAAGGUCCAGUUGAGCCUCAGGGUAGGGGCAUGGAAGAGCGUGGACUUCACCAAUGUGGUGCAAGGCUGGGCAGCCGAACCAGAGACGAAUCUUGGUAUCGUGUUGGAACUCACUGACGAUGCAGGGAAUUCGGUGCUCAUAACUGAAACUUCGACGGAAGAACCGAGGAGGCCAUUUUUGCAACUGAGGCUAGAUGAUGACCGGAGAGUCAGGACGAAGCGCCAAAGCGAACGCAUGUGUUCGGAGGAUCGACAGGAACGAGAAUGUUGCAUGUUCCCCCUCAUUGUAGACUUCCAACAGUUUGGGUGGGACUGGAUCAUCGCACCCAGGACAUACGAUGCCAAUUACUGCUUCGGGAGUUGCCCUGAUCACUACUUUUACAGGUACCCCCACACGCAGCUAAUAAGUCAGAUGGAUCGCAUGGCAGUCGCGGGACCAUGCUGCUCACCGAGCAAGAUGACUUCGAUAAGUCUUCUCAUUUUUGACGAGGACGGCGACAUCAGGAAUGCGGAACUCCAGGAUAUGGCUGUGCAAACGUGUGACUGCGCCUAAAGCGAAGAAACAUCGGAAACCGGCGAAACCUACCGAACGAGAGAUGAUCCUUCUUCCCGAAACCAGACCAAAGUUAAUAUAGAUCAAAGAUGCCCUCCAAUGUCUUAGACCGUUUGCCAAAACGUCAAGGGUUUAUUUCCAAAGGCAAUCAGCUAUUGCAGUGAACGGUGAGCACAUCUAUUCCUUGCGGUGUUAACGGAAACUGUACCUGGUGAACAAAUGACAAGAUUUUUUGCUGUGUAUUGGUGGUCACCUAAGGAACCUUAAACGUACUGAUAUGGUCGUGAUGGUGAUACCACCAAAAAACGGGGGGGGGUUAAAAAAUAUAUAUAACGUUAUAGAUUACUGCUCUGAUUUUUGACGAAUUUCAAUGUCGCUUCUGCAUUACACAUAUUUGCAUUGGCUUCUUUUGACAAAGUAAAGGAACAUCUAAAAUACUUCCUACAGAAUCCAUACUUAUCCUGUCAUGCCUGCCCCUUUAUUUUGCCAUUGUAAACAGACCAUGGCCUAAUCAUGACAAUAAAAGCCAAGGCUACAAAUGAAUAUAAUUGUGUUGUUGAAGAAAGAUUAUAAUUUCGAUAUAAUUCUGUUUGGACGAGACAUGUUUGUCGAUGUGUUUGCAUUGUUUUCUGUCUCUUUAUGAUUUCUGCAAGAAAAGACUAUAUAGCGAAUACUUAUAAUAAGCUCUACUAUAUUCAAUGUCGGAAUUUGUAGAAUGAACUGUCUGAAUAUGUGAUGAUCGUGAGGCUUGAGUUCUUGUUUUACACACAGUAUAAUUCAAAGAAAUAGGGGAGAGCGGGGUGAGUCGCCCACCACGUGAUUUUCCCCGUGGCUGUGAUUGGAUGUAAGUUUUGAGGAUUAUGUAAUGGCGACCUACCCAUAUGUGACAACAUAUACCUUGGCGUGAGGCCAUGUGCUCAGAAUCCAAGAAAUCUACAGCGACUUAUUUAUUCCGAGGCCAUAUUAGUUUUAAAAAAGUCAGAUUUAUUGUAUUUUUUGUAGACAAUAAUGAAUGCAGUUAAAGGAAGUGUUGUUAGAAAGGUGUGAUAUUUGCUAACUGAAAUAUGCCGCAGAUACUUCAACAUAAUUUGUACAUUUUGUGUAGAAAGGGAGAAAAGAAAAUAGCUAUCCGCAGGGCAAAUUCACCGCUUUUGCAACGGGACCAGUUUGCUCUCAUUUAUGAACAUAUAGACCUACAAAAAUGUCCUCGUAAACAUGACAUGCAAGUAUGUCUGUAUAUGUGCUAAAUCAUAUAACUUUUCAUAGAUUAUCAAAGUAGUAGUCGUUGUUGAUCCAGGAUGAAAAAAAAAAGUUUGGUUUCUUUGAACACAUCAUUUGUUUAAAAUAUCAAUGUUUUUCCCUAGGGCUAGCUUGCCCCACCAAACGGGUGAACUAGUCUCAGGAUGGGGCAGGUUCACAGCAAAAACUGCGGUGUUAACCGGUGUACAUAGAGGACCACGCCAGUUAUUUUACACCUGUGUUAAAUUGACAGUGUUAGUUUAGCACCUAUAGGUGUUAUUGCAACACCUUUGGCUGUUACAUGUACACUCUUUGGUGUUAUAUUCAAUCUCUAGGGUGUAAUUUUAACACCAGAGGGUGUGGUCCUCUAUUAACACCUACUGGUGUCAGUUUUAACACCACAGUUUUUAAAGUGUUCGCCCUGCAGCGAAAAUUGUCUUUACGGCCCGUUUUUGUCGAAACGGUGUGCAUGUCCUCGCCGAAAGUAAGAUAUUACCGAAGCCUUUAUACAUGCUUAGGCACAAACUUCCUGCUAAAGAAAUGCGCGGGAAAAAAUGGGGCGAAUUCUCCCCGCUCUCCCCUACAUUAAUAAUUCAUGAGGCACCAGUCGAACAAAAUAUAAGAAACAUCUGUUAAUGCCAAAUAUUUGAAGUGCUAUGUAAUUAUUUCAAAUAGAAAGCUGUAAGUGCUUUGUCAUGAUUAAAAAAAAACGUUUACUGCUUAUAAAAACAGGGACACUUACUAGAGACAUGAAGGUUAUGGGGGAGUUAUAAACAAAUGACAAUUUGAUUUAAAAAAAUUAGAAUUUCACUCACCAACUAAAGCUACUACGCGAUAUAAGUUGAUCCAAAGCUUAGUACUAAAUAUUGACUUACUUAUCGGAUGGGAACAAUAUACUUAAAAUUAUAGUAUACAUUUUGAUUAAAGAUGAUAGUCAUUGAUAAUUUGAUUUUAUUCAUUUCAAAUAUAUAUUGAAUUAUGCUAAAUAUAUCGCACUAAAGCCUGAAUGUUAACAUGUAUAAGGUGUUAUUACUGAAUAUAACACUUUUUCAUGUGGACACCCGAUGGUGCGUGUGGGUGAGUGUGUACUUAUAUGUGCGUGCACAGUGCAUGUGUCCGCGGUAUUCGUGUGUGUAAACUGGGUUUUACCCAUCGUAGACAUAGUAUGAUAUGGAGGUAUGGUUUUUAAUAUCCAAGUAUCAAACCAUAAUUCGUUAUUAAUCUCUAUUUGCAUUGAUGGUUUGCGACGGUGUCCAGCUAAAGAGGAGGCAUAGUAAUGUGCAAUUUUCUUGUCUUUUCUGUUUUUGUAACGAAGGAUCUAAAUUUCUGUAAAUGAAAUACAUGUAUGCCACCUUCGUUUGCCAUAUUGACCAUAUUUUUUCCAUGUCUACUAAUUUCUAUUUGGACUAGUGUCCUCUGUAUUCUAUCUUUAAAGAUUGGUCUUUUUCUGUGCCAAUCUUGUAAUUUAUUCGCUGUUAUCAGCGCUUAAGGCUUGAAGUCACUGUUGAUUCUGUCGGCAUAUCUGGCAUGAUUCUAAUUUCUAAAACGCGAUGUGCGUGUUUUUUUGUUUGUGAACUAGUUUGUCCAAAUACUUUAAUGUUUUCUUCUUGAAGGAGGACCAGAUUUAUUUGAAAAAUACUGAAAUGUAACAGAAUUUUGUCUAAUUUAUGUUUACUCAUGUGAAACGUCUGAAAAAAGGUCAUGUUUUCAAAUUCUAAGAGAGAUAUGUAGUUAACCGGUGAUGACAUCAUGUUUAGAAGUUUAUGGUCAAUUUCGUGGAAAUUCAAAAAUAAAUUCACUUUAUUCUGUUACAUUAUUUUUUUUUCAGUUUCUUCUACAUGCCUUUAUAUAUCUAAAGGUCAAGUCCAUCCCAGAAAAUAGUUGAUUUGAAUCGAUAGAGAAAAAUCAAACGAGCAUAACACUGAAAAUUUCAUCAAAAUCGGAUGUAAAAUAAGAAAGCUAUGACAUUUUUAAGCUCGCUCAUUUUCACAAAACAGUUAUAUGCACAACUCGGUGAUGUAUAUUGUUUGAAUUAUAAAAUAUUUAAAUUUUUACAAAUUUGACAAUAAGGACCAACUUGACUUAGUCAUAAACUGUUAAAAUAAUGGUAAUUCCACGAUGUUCAGGGAGGAAUACAAUUUUGUUUCACAUGACAAUGAGGAGAAAAGUAGAAUUUGUCAUAUUUCAUGUAAUAAAAUACAAAAGAAAUAGUGAGUGGGUGACGUCAUCAGUCUGCUCAUUUGCAUACCAACCACGAUGUGCAUAUUACUAUUUUGCGAAGUUAAGCGAAACUUUAAAAUGUCAUAACUUUAUUUUACAUCAAAAUUUUGAUGGAAUUUUCAGUGUUAUGCUUGUUGGAUUUUGGGGAUUUUUCUCCUCUUAUUCAAAUCAACUUUUUUUGGGGGUGGACUUGUCCUUUAAAAGAACCGAUCAAAGUCGUUUUCAUUUAUUGCUGACUUAAUGUGUGUGUGUGAAAAUAGCAUUCCCUGCCUUAUGUAUUUUUGUGAAAAGCCAUUCGAAAACUAUGUAUUCUAGUCAUUUGUGCAUUAGAGAUUAUCCUUUUAAAGGAUCUAUUCGACUAUUGAUAAAAUGUAAUUUGUCUAAAUGUAUACCUAUGAACUUUGUUGGUAAGCAAUUUGUUUUUGUUUUGCUGACUGCAAUCAAAUCUUGAACAAUUUUGUAGCAGCGUUUUGAGCAAAAUAAAAUCUCUCAGAGAUACGUCUGAGAUAUGAUGUGGAUUUGGAUAGCAUUUACAAUUCUAAGAAUUGAAAAGGCAACAUAUAUUGUGGGAAUGACUAUGAUGUGGAAUCAACUUGACCUUGAACCGGAAGUUUGAACUAAACCGGAAGUGAUAUAUCAUUUUCAGGAGUUCGAGUCAAUCUUCCUAAAUUGAAUGUCGUCAGUCAUUGGUUUAUUUAAAUCGAGAAGAGAGCGAUGGGACUCAAUACGUUAUUAUACAUAUUCAUCUGCCAUAUGCAACAGUUCUUAAUAAGUAUGACGACUGUGAUGUUAUGAAUCAAAUUAUUUUAUGGUACAUUUUGAUGUUAUUUAGUCUUGUGACUCUGUUAACACAGUACACAAUAACAAAUAUUUACAAGAAUGCAAAUGCAAUUGCUCAUUAAAUCCAAAGAUAUAAAAUGCAA